AUGGCCCUUGCCACACUAUUAUCGUUCCAGAAGGGCGACCCUCAGAUAGCCGUCUCUUCUACUGGUGACCCCUCUUCCUUCGCUCACCAGACCGCCCGCACUCGAUGGCCCAAGAUCCUCAACAACAUCAUCGACGAGAUAGAUGGCAACCUCGUACCCUCCAAUCACCUCAACGAUAAGGAAGUUGCCGCCGCCCAGAAGAUCAAAACCCAAGUCACAGACCUCAAGACCGCCCUGGCUUCCAAUGCCAUCCUCCCUCCUCUCCCCACCUCCCUCGGCCAUCUAGACAUCGAGAUCUACAACGCAGAGCUUGCUUCUUUCUCGCAGCCACCAACAUGGCAGAAUGCUCCCUGGCUCUUCACAGAAUGCUACCUCUACCGUCUCCUCCACACCUUCUUUACCACCUCAAGUGAAGAACUCUGGCAGAGAUUUGAUCCGUUCAAGAAGGACAAAGUGAAAGCUCUGGUCGGGAGCAGGAAAGGAACGAUAGAACUCGUGAAACAUUUCCUUUCUAUCAUCUCCUCUCUGGAAGCAGAGGCGACGGCAGCUGUAGACGAGGAAAAGCAAAAAGCGCUACUCGAAGAAAUGCUACAGAUCUCACUAUGGGGCAACGCGACGGAUUUGAGUCUUUUGACAAGCAUGACUGUCGAGGAGCUGGAUAGUCGGCAGGGCAAAGCUGCACGUGAGAAGAGUCGGCAGAACGUCGUUGACGACGAUACCGAAGAAGUCUGGACGCUUCUCUCAGGGCUGAAGAAAGAGGGCAAGAGCGGAGGAAUACAUAUCGUACUAGACAACGCGGGGUUCGAGCUAUUGGCAGACUUAGUGCUUGCAAGCUACCUGAUCAAGAGCGGCUUCACGAAGAAGGUGACGCUGCACGGGAAACGUAUGCCAUGGUUCGUGUCCGAUGUCAACCCAAGCGACUUCACGGAUCUGGUCAAUGGCUUUGCGCACGGGACGAUGUUUGAAGGCAUAGACUCGGUGGAUUAUGAGGAGGUAAAGCAGGCGGGCAAGCAUUGGCAGGGGUUGAUACAGCAAUCGAAGUUGGGAUUCUCAGCCCAUCCAUUCUGGACCACACAGCACUCGUAUGGGAGAAUGGCGGUUGUGGAGCCGAAGUUGUAUGAGAGGUUGGCAGAAGCGGAUCUGGUUAUCUACAAAGGAGAUCUGAACUACAGGAAGUUGGUAUAUGAUGGGUAUUGGCCGAAGACUACUACUUUCGAGGAGGCUAUUGGGCCUCUUGCGAGGAAGAGCGAGGAUGGAAAGGGCGUCAGGACGUUGGCAUUAAGAACGGCCAAGGCAGAUGUUGGAGUGGGGUUGAAACCUGGGGUGGAGGAGACGUUACCGGAUGAUUGGACGAGAACAGGGAAGUAUGCCAUGGUGAGCUACUGGGAUGGAAAAGCGUGA